CGACUCAUAGGGUUAAUCUUUUGAUCCUCCGUUGUUUGCUUGAUUCUUGUCUAUGUGUUUUGUUGCAUUGUAAUUCUCGUGCAGUUGUCGUUCUCCCGCUAUCUUAAGCUUGUCAAGAUUCUGAAACAUUGUUUUGUUUCUGUUCGAUUUGCGGACGCUCGGCUUCGGAGCUCGACAUUGCGCGCGACCACUGUAUGUCAAAUGCUUCAGAGCUGCGGGCAGCUGCUUCGGUGUUUAGCUUUGGUCGGUUGUUUGAUGGAAGGAAGUCUUAGGGAUUGUGCUGCUGCUUAGCGAGAGAGAGAGAGAGAGAGAGAGAGAGAGAGAGGGAGAGAGAGAGUCGGAUGUGUUUGGGAUCGCAUGCACUGGUGGAGUUUGUUUGCGCGAAGCUUUGACCGAGCAUCGGGUUGUUUGAGGUGGAGUGGCGGAGUUCGAUGGUGUUGAAGCUGGUUGUUGAGGAGAGCAGUUAUUGCAGCUCGAGGGUGAAGUUUUUUUAAUUGAGUUUUCGUGGAGAUUUGGAGGAUUGAGCGAUGUUGAAAUGAGUUGCGUGGAAUGUUAAGGUGGAUUUGGGAUGACACCAUCAACGUAGGAUUUGGAUCGGUUACUAGAGAAAUUUGGAUUCAGGACUGAGGAUGGAGACAGUGCGUGGUAGCUAGAACAGAGUUUCAUGAGAAGCUGGAGAUGUAACUUUAUCGGUGGAUUGUAGAGCGUCCCAUAGUUAUUCGGACUCUGAGAAAGUAUAUUCCUCUGAAGAAGAUGCAGUUCGGAGUUCCUCGGGGAUCUUGCACAGCGUAGAAAAAUGUAUCAGAUGGAAUAUUGAGCAGCGGUUUCUGAAGAUGCUGCUGUAGCUGGAGAUAGGAUAUACAGUCUGAGAACAGGGGGUAAACGUGCAGUAGUGAAGCCAUGUCUUCUCAUGAGAACUCCCAUGAUGGUUCUCAGGCGUCGUUAAAUAGCGGUGUUAAGCCGCGACAUCAUCGUCAACCAUCAUGGCCGAUUUCAGAUUACGUUCAGAAACCUACAUUAGCGUUGCUGGAAGAUGAUCCUGGAGCUCCGCCCCAUCAGGCAUGGCGACGUAAACUCAAUAGCCAUGCGGAAGUAUUGAAGGAGUUUCGAGUUACCUUCAUGGAGGGUUUUAAAAUGCUUCGCUUGGGGAUGCGGAUGUGGACAUAUGUUCAAUCAGAAAAAUCCGAGGGUCGGCUUCCGCCGAUAGACCCUUUUCGACGAGAGACCAAGCCCUCAGCUUGCCAUGGUGUACCGUGUGGCGGAAUGGGUGGUGGAAGCAUUGGUCGUGGAUUUCGUGGAGAGUUCAGGCGAUGGCAAAUAGUCCCGGGUGUUUGCGACGAGGCUCCCGUGCUAGCUAACCAGUUCUCGGUGUUCGUUAGGAGACGUAAAGAGAGUGGAGGUGAAAAGGCAGUCUCUUCCGUCCUUUACCCAGGAAGGCCUCGUGAGCUCAAAGGGCUUAAAAACGAUGAAAAUGGAAUAUCAUCAUGGGAUUGGAAACUCGAUGGUCAAAACACCACAUAUCAUGCUCUCUUUCCUCGAGCCUGGACAAUUUAUGAAGGUGAACCCGAUCCUGCAUUGAAAAUUUCUUGCCGGCAAAUUUCUCCUUUCAUUCCUCACAACUACAAAGAAAGCAGCUAUCCCGCAUGUGUAUUCUCCUACGUGGCUGUCAACACUGGAAAAGAGGUCGCAGAUGUUAACCUUCUCUUUACAUGGGCGAAUUCUAUUGGAAGUACUACUGGUUCAACAGGGGGUCAUAUCAACGAGACUUUCACAGAGCGUGAUGGAGUACGUGGUGUAGUUCUUAAUCACAAGACAUCUGUAAAAGGAGGUCAACCACUCACAUUUGCAAUCGCUGCUAAGCAGAGUCCAGAUGUUUCCUUGUCUGCGUGCCCAUGUUUUCAAGUUUCAGGUGAAGGUCAGAGCAUUACAGCAAAAGAUCUGUGGGGUAGAAUGAAAGAACAUGGACGCCUAGAGGUGGAUGACUGGAAUACUAUCAAUACCUCAUUACCAUCAAAGCCAGGUUCUGUUAUUGGUGCAGCUAUAGCUGCUCAUGUAGUUAUUCCGCCUAAUGAGAAGCGAACGAUUGAUUUUGUGUUGGCAUGGGACUCUCCUACUGUGAAGUUCUUGAAAGGAAGAUCUUAUCUUCGGCGUUAUACGACAUUUUAUGAUGCUGAUGGAAAUGCAGCGCCCAGAAUCGCUCAUAAUGCUCUUUGUGGUUAUCGUUUGUGGGAGGAGGAAAUUGAAAAAUGGCAGCGCCCUAUCCUAGAGGAUGAAAAGCUACCGGAAUGGUAUCGAGUGACAUUAUUCAACGAGCUAUACUAUCUUGUCGCAGGAGGAACUGUUUGGACUGAUGGUGGACCUCCAAGCGAAGGCAAGUCGGAGCUAUCUGCAGCCAGCUCUGCAAAUACUUCGGCCCCUGGUUCUCCUCUCCAUGGUGAUUUAUCGUUAGGUGGUAAGGUUGUUCCUUUUUCGACACGUCGAGAUAUUGAUUUAGCUGCUCUUAGACGUGACUGUAAAGACGGAGAUGUGGUUGCUGCUCUUGAAGGGAGCAACAAGUCAUCAUUUAACAGUAGUUUAGAACGAACUGCAGCGUCCGAAGUUAAUGCACCAGCAUCAGCUGAGCCACCCGCUCUUCCUACUCCUGUUCAGCACCAGCAGUUUGAGGUAGAGAAUAAAGGAACCCGGAAUUCUAGUUUAUCCAUGGACCCGACAGAGCAAGAUAUUUCUGAUAAACUGGUUGCUGAAUUUCAACACGUUCAGGGGUUUCCUUUGAAUGGAACAACAAUCUAUGACAAUGAUUCCGACACUCAAAGCGAUGGUAUGGAAUCCAUCUCAGAAAAUCAUACUCUAGAGUCAUCCCUUCCACGCAAAGAAGAACUUGCUUUGCAGGACACAGCUGAGACUAAGAUACUGAAAGCUAUGCAGGAAUCAAUGGGUGAUUUUCGACGCACAUCUUUAGGACUUCCUUCCGGUUUGGCAUUGCUGCAAGCAGAAGAAGAGAAUGUUGGUCAAUUCCUUUACUUGGAGGGUAUAGAGUAUAUUAUGUGGAACACUUAUGAUGUUCACUUUUAUGCAUCAUUUGCACUUUUGUCGCUUUUUCCUAAGUUGGAAUUAGCAAUUCAAAGAGAUUUCGCGGCAGGCUGUCUUGCUCAUGAUCCUAGGAGGACGAAAUUUAUGGCUGGUGGGAAAAAAGGUAUAAAGAAAGUUUUUGGAUCAGUGCCACAUGAUUUGGGACAACAUGAUCCAUGGGCGGAGGUCAAUGCUUACAACAUACAUGAUACAAGCAGAUGGAAGGAUCUGAACGCUAAGUUUGUUUUGCAGGUAUAUAGAGACGUAGUUGCAACUGGCGACAAAGUUUUUGCUAAAGCAGUCUGGCCCGCUGUCUAUGCUGCCAUGGCAUACCUCGACCAAUUCGAUCGUGACCGAGAUGGACUUAUUGAGAACGAUGGCUUUCCUGAUCAAACCUAUGAUACAUGGACUGUGCAUGGUGUGAGUGCAUACUGUGGGGGGCUCUGGAUUGCUGCUCUACAAGCUGCUGAAGCCAUGGCUGUCUUGCUUGAAGAGAAGAAUGCUGCUCGAUAUUUCCAGUCAAAGUUUAUUCAAGCAAGAGAAGCUUAUCUUAAAAAAUUAUGGAACGGGUCCUAUUUUAGUUAUGACAGUGGCAACAGUUCUAACAGCAAAUCAAUUCAGGCUGACCAAAUGGCAGGUCAGUGGUACGCAUGGGCUUCAGGUCUUCCGCCUCUAUUUGAUGAUGCGAAAGCACGUAGCGCCUUGCAAAAAAUCUUUGAUUUUAACGUCAUGAAAGUGAAAAAUGGACACCUUGGGGCUGUUAAUGGGAUGCACCCAAAUGGCAAGGUAGACGAAACCUGUAUGCAGUCUCGCGAAGUUUGGACGGGUGUGACGUACGCAUUAGCUGCUGCUAUGAUUCAUGAGGGAAUGCUUGACCAAGCAUUCCGUGCAGCUGAGGGUGUCUUCAUCGCUGGCUGGUCUGACCUUGGGUAUUGGUUUCAAACUCCGGAGGCAUGGACAAUGGAUGGAUAUUUUCGCUCUUUGGCGUAUAUGCGGCCUUUGGCUAUCUGGGCGAUGCAGUGGGCAAUUGAUCCGCCUGAGACUAUUGCAAACGCUCCUCGUAUUCCUACUGUUGAUCGACUUCCUUCUGAGUGUGAUACUUCUGGAUUUUCGUCAAUGCAAUCCACUCUUCGCAAUCCUCUGCCGCAACUAAGGCCAUUCCGAAGAGCCUACAACUUUCUUCGUGGCAAAGGGAAACCUAAUUCCAAGGCUUCACAAUAAAUGUAGAUUUUUUUUAAUUUCUCCUUCGGUAAUUUAUCCUUACCUGGUGCAGAAGCAGCCAUUAUUAUGGUGCAGCUCCUAUUGCCAGCGAGGUCUAUAUGAAGAGUGAGCCAGGUAUUAUUUGUCCUUGUACUGUCCAGUAGAGCGCUAAGCCUUUACUUGAUAUUACAUGAAAGCUGAUGAUCCUCAGAUACUUUAUUAGUUGUUUCUGCUCAUAAAAAGCUUGAAGCUAGUGUUUUGAGAAUCUUGUGCAUCUGUUCAUGCACUUGAUUCAGUCCAGAAAAAUCCUGGUUGGGCAAAAGUAGUGAUUGUUCUGCAUGUAUUAACAUCAAACAGGCUAGUUAGUGUCCUUGAAUAAUUGGUUUGAAAUGAUUUGGAACGAUUGAUAUUACUCGUAGUGAAAUAUAUGUUUUAUAGUGAACAGAAACGACAAGUAAAGAGGUUGGCCUGCGAAUGUAUUGCAUGCUGCCCUCUGUAUUCUGCUGUAAAUUUUAACAUCUCUCGUUGCAACUCUUUUCUGUUAAAAUAACAGUCUAUUUCCA